GGGUGGUGGACGCAGCGGCUUCGCAGGAGGUGCCUCUCCUCGCCUUGCCGCACGGCCCUGCCGACGUACGCUCUAAGCGCCUGGCCUACUGUCGUGCAAGCGGAGGGCGGGACAUGUCCGAUCAGUGGAGCAAGCGGCAUCGGCGCGUCGGGAGGGCAGCAGCAUGCAGAGGCGUUGGACGAGGCAUCUUGACCCCGCUUGACCCCUCGCGAGCCGCUGGUUGCUGUCCAUCGACGCGGUACAUGAGGGAAACAGAGUUGUCAACCAGCGCUCGCUCAACAUACGUGGCUUGCCUUCUCUCCUCCAUCAUCUCCCUCUCUCUCCUUCUCGACUCACCCCGGCUCCGUUCUCCUCGCCUCGUCCUUCGCUCGCGCAAGCCAACCCCCCACAAGGCCGACAUCUGGCGCUGUCUCUCCUUUUUCCUUCCUUUCCCUCACUUCUCGUCCCUCCUCACACUCUCGCGCACCAUGCGUCUCACACUCUCCCUCCUCUCUCUGCUGCUCGCCUUCUUCGCCCUCUCCUACUCCGUCAACGGCGACGUCUCGCAGCAUGAGCAGUCUCUGACGACCGAGGUCGACGAGGCCACGGGCGCCGUGUACCACAUCAUCGACUCGGGAGGCGACGAAGACGGCGACGACGACGAGCCGCAGACGCCAACGACGGGCACGAAGGAGAGCCGGAGUGAGGGUGCGCUUGAGGCACGGAAGCGCACUCGCAAGCACAAGCACAAGUCCAAGGCUGCACGCAAGGGCCGCCAGAACUUCCUCAUCGGCAAGCCGCCUGGCGUCAAGGAGUUCCCGCGCCGCAUGGAGAUCACCUGGUACGCCUCCAACGACCUCAAGAACCCAGCGUGCGGCGACGGCAGCUGGGAUCCGAACAACAACAACCACAUUGGCGCGGUGAUGAAGAGCUGGACCAGCGGCCCGCAGUGCGGCGACUUUGUGUACAUCUGCAACGAGGACGCGCACAACCACUGCGUGCGCGUGCGCGUCGUCGACUACUGCGCUGGCUGCGACACCGACGCAGUGGACCUCUCCAAGUCGGCGUUCAAGAAGCUCUCGCCCUCGGGCGGCCUCGACGAGGGGCGCAUCAAGAACCUCAAGAUGUACCACUCCAGCCGUCCGAACCCGUUCGACAUUGGCCUCUUCGGGCCCUUCCGGCUGAAGAAGAAGUAGAGGCGGCCACGCAUCGCAUCGCAGACGCCGCGCGAGCGGGCAACACGACCAGGGCAGCGGCGAUGGCGCUCCGCGCUCCGGGACCCGAGGUCUCCCUUUCCGCCUGUCUAGCUUCAAAGGCAUGGCCUGCCCUGCGCCAUUCUCUACUCACAUCGACCACCCACCUGGGCCGCCUGGCGCGGCCUCGUUUUCUUGCCCCUUCAGCCCCCCGCAGAUGCGCGCCCGCCCUUUACUGACCCCCCACGAUCCGUCUCGCACCCAACUUUCUGCCCGGCUCUGUCUUCCCACAUGUCCUGCACUCCCACAGCAUCGUGCCGGCGCCUGGCUCGCGCAAUGGCCUAUACUCCCGU